AUGGCAGAAUCCUUUCAGCGACAUGAACAGCUGUUGGAAAUGCUUACCCGUACCCAAGCCGCUCAAGUGGAAGCGAGCGAGCGAAUGGCCAGUCAAAACAUCGAACGAGCGACACGACAAACAGAAGUUAGAGUGGAAGGACUUAAGAUGCCGAAGUAUUAUGGACGAAUGGACGAAAGUAUUAGCCUAUACAUCCACCAAGUUACGACCUUUUUCAAGGCAAAGAACGUGGAUUACCAAGAAAACGAUGGGACUCAACAGCGAUGCAUUGCCAUGAUGGUGGCAAAUUUCCGUGGCCUUGCCGCAGCCUGGUACCAAGAACGGCUUUCGCGCGGUGAGUCUCCAAACACCCUAAUCGAACUGGAAGAAGAGCUGCGAGCCGAGUUUGAACCCGACGAUUUACAAGAUCGGCUGCGUGAUCAGCUUUACGAAUUGAAGCAAGCCCAGUGUGCGAGCUUGACCGAGUAUGUUGCCAAGUUCCGACGAAUCUGUACGCAAGUGUGCGACAUGACUGAGCGCGACAAGGUAUCCUGGUUCCAACGCGGUCUGCGAACCAGAACUCGUGAGGAGUUGCAGUAUCGUCGCUGUGAGACUGUGACUCUCGCGAUCCAAAUUUCCCUGGACUAUGAACGCUCCCACAACUCGACCCUUAACGGUGGUCACGCCAGAGACCUCGACCGCUUUCAUCGCCACGAUCGUCGCCAUCAGUUCAACAACAGACACCAAGGAAGUCGCCCACCGCAUGUGUAUCCUCCACGCCAGCGCCAAGAUGAUGACAUGAAAGUAGACAACGCCCAAGCGCAACACCGUGGACAACGCCAAGUAGGCCCCUGUUACAACUGCGGACGCAUGGGCCACAGAAUCAGUGACUGUCGCUCUCAACCCCAGAACAAUCAAGGAAGAAGCCAAGCUCAAUCGCAGCGCAACAACAUCUCAAGACAUGCCAACCGGCCUCAGCGACCCCAGCGCAAUACACCGAGUCGUCAGCACAAUGCCCAAGUAUCCGAAGUCAACAGCGACACAGAAGACAGCGAAGAUGACGUAGAAGAAGUGAUCCUAGGCAACAACAUGGGCCUAGCCCAGCAAGACUCCGCGGAGGAGGAGUCGCUUAACAUCAAUACCGCCCAGCAAGCAGUGCCAGCGCAAGAAAACAAGUUGAUGAUAGUUCACGGCGCACUCGACAGUACAAGCGUUCGCAUCCUGAUCGACUCUGGUGCCUCGAACUUGCUUUGCCGCCCAGCGCAGUGGUAUUACUGGAACACUCUUGUCGAAGACGUGAAGUUAUACGUCGCGACUUGUGAAACAUGUAGCCGAUACAAGACAAGCAGUCUGCGUGCAAAUGGCAAGAUGAUUCCCAUUCCCGCGCCGGAAGAGUGUUGGCAAACUGUUUCAGCGGAUUGGAUCACCGGUUUGCCCGUGUCAAAAGGCUAUGAUGCUAUUUUGGUAGUCGUAGACAAGCUCUCCAAGCGGCCAAAGUACAUCCCGACGCGAUCAGAUGUCGACGCACCCCAAACGGCGAAAGAAUUCUUCGAAUAUGUUGUUCGCCACCAUGGACUACCAGCAAUGAUCAUAAGCGACCGUGACCCCAAGUUUACAAGCACGUUUUGGAAGUCCCUCACGGAGAUUAUGGAUAUUCGCCAAGCCAUGACCACCGCCGGUAGAGCUCAAGCCGAUGGAGCGACUGAGCGCCAGAAUCCGGUAGCCGUGUUGUUAAUGUUGCAGGACCCAUUUCAUCGACUACAACUCGACAGGACCCGCGCCAUUGACUGCUGCAUUACCAAGGUCAAUAGCGCGAGUCCUAUCGAGCUGGCGGAUGCCUAUUAUGUCUGUAAUCACCGUACUCGGUUGUUAUCCGAACACUAUGCGGAUAUUGGUGUGUCGAUUUACUGGAAUGCGGUGGAGAUGCUCUCAGUGGUCGCUUCUCAGGUCGAAUUAUCACCCCACUGGAAGAAGGUGACCUCGAUUGCAAUCCUCCACGCGAUCGGUUGGCUCUGA